CGGAUGUUGCUAUUCCAGGAAGUAGGUCGUAUGACAACAAUCCUGUGACAGCGUUGGGUUUUGUGUUGAGGAACCGAUUUAAACCGCACCAAAUGGAUUGAUCGUGUGAUCAUAGUAAGUAACUGUCGUCAAAAUCAACAUCAUGUGUUAGUCGAUGUUGUAACGAGACGUGUCGUCACAGAGCAACAGUGCUAAUGAGCAGCUUUGUACAAGAGUCUUCAAUGAGAAGAGCAUGGAGAAUGAUGAAUUUCCGUCAGCGGAUGGGGUGGAUGGGUGUUGGACUGUACCUGUUGGCCAGUGUCGCUGCAGUGUAUUAUAUAUUUGAGAUCAGCCAAACAUACAACGGCCUUGCGCUGUCUCAUGUAGAAAAGGCAGCUGAAGGGCAACCAAAAUGGACGGGAGAUACUCCUUCCUCCGCCCCUUUGUCAACCUCAUGGACAUUGACUCUGAAAACAAGACUACUGCUGCUUCCCUUCUGGGUGUGGGCCACCAUUUUCCUUAUUCCCUACCUGCAGGUGUUUCUCUUUCUGUAUUCCUGCACGAGGGCGGACCCCAAAACUGUAGGAUACUGCAUUUUGCCCAUCUGCCUUGCUGUGCUUUGCAACCGUCACCAAACUUUUGCCAAGGCUUCUAAUCAGAUCAGCAGACUGCAACUGAUUGACACAUGAAGUCAUUGUUUAGGAUGUGGGAUCAGAUUCCAGGGGCCAUAUUUUUGGUGUGUUAGUGUUUGGGCAAUACAAAAGUGUAUUCAUGAACAAGAUUAUAGAUCUGUUGUCUAUAUGUGAGUUUUUGUUGUUGUUGUUGUUAUGGGCCUUAAAUGGGGGUAGUGUUUAAGUGCUUUACUGUAGAAUAAAGGGUUUGAUAUCAGUUUUUAUGCAGCAGAGUAUUGGACCAUAGGCUGUGUUGUUGUCAUACAAUGGAUGCAAAGUGAAUGUGCUUUUAAAGAAAAUGGUUUUAUAACCAGAUCCAAGAGCUUAUUCUGUGCUGAUUCUGUCUUGGAGUACUUUUUUAAAAGUUUUGAUUUGUUUUAAAUGAAAUAAAAGUUUAAUAUUUA